AUGUCUAGUCUAUGUUCCGCCACGCCAGUUAAAAUUUCUCGGUUGUCGACAACCAGCUUCGCAAGACGACGGAUCAUAAAUCCCCUUUCUAUAUCCCUAUGCCUUCGCAGAACUUACGUUUACGUUUUGCAAAGACCAAAGAAUCUCAUAAGCUUAGGGACUUUAAAAGAUAAUGCAAAAGCAACCAAAGAGAGUUUUUACUACUACAGCGUAAACGUGUUAGCUGUAGACCUGCCUCGGGCCAGGGUAAAACUUGCGGUCGAGGUCAGAAAGGUAAAAAAGCUAGAGGUAAAUAAUUCGAAAGUCUGGGCACCCUUGAAUCUCGAUCGACUUCAGCAUUGGAUCAAUAUCGGUAGAAUUGACCCCACAAAGCCAAUUACCAUGAGAGAACUUUUAGAUUCAAGAUGUGUACACGGGGUUAAAGACGGUGUCAAGUUAUUGUCAGAAGGAGCACAACAUUUUACAACACCCGUUACGAUUGAAGUAGCUCGUGCCUCUCGAUCAGCAAUCAAAGCAAUAGAGAAGGUCGGCGGAGAUGUCACCUGUAGGUAUUUUAAUAGGCUUUCAUUGAGAGCUACUCUAAUGCCCGAGAAAUUCUGGAAGAUCCCUAAGUUCGCUGACCCCGUAAAGGCAAAGGAUAAAGAAUGGUAUUCCAACACCAAAAAUAGCGGUUACUUGGCGAAGAGACUUCUUGAAGUCACAAACUCAUAA